AUGCGUCUCUUCAACAUGACCCUUGUGGUUCUUGCGGCCCUCCUCCUUGCAGGUGGCACAGCAGUAUCAAAUGCCGAUCAGGCCAGUGUGUUGAACGUGGACGUUGUUCACUCCUCGCGUAUUCUCUCUGGCGAGGACAAGAGUUUUCUUCGACGCCAUCCAACCGAACUCGACGAGGAAGAGAGGGGUGGCGGGGCUAAUUUGUUCUCUGCGCUGAAGCAGCACAGAAUGAAGACGGAUUUGGAUUACCGCUUGAAGGUGUUUGCACGUUGGAAAUACUAUGAAAAAUCCAUUGACGACGCAAAGGAACAUGCGACCAAACAUCUCGCUGAUGCGUACGAAGAAUUCUUGAAGUCGAAGACGAGGUCAGGGAUUGAGAUGAAUCCGCUCCGUAUCCACAGGCAAGAUUAG